GUAGCGCGCCUAUAAUUUGCGUAACUUCCGCCUGCACUUCCUUUUCCAGCGUAGCACGACGAAGGGAGCAAGCUGCUAAAAUGAGCAAGGUUUCCAGGGAUACGUUGUAUGAGGCUGUGAAGGAGGUCCUGCAGGGCUCCUUAGCCAAGCCCAGGAAGUUUACGGAGAGUGUGGAGCUGCAGAUCAGCCUUAAAAACUACGAUCCCCAGAAAGACAAGCGUUUCUCCGGCACUGUCAGGCUGAAGACCCUCCCCAGGCCAAAGUUCUCUGUGUGCGUCCUGGGAGACCAGCAGCACUGCGAUGAAGCCAAGGCUGCAGAUCUCCCCCACAUGGACAUUGAGGCUCUCAAAAAGCUGAACAAAAACAAGAAGCUGGUCAAGAAACUUGCAAAGAAGUAUGACGCCUUCCUGGCCUCUGAGUCUCUGAUCAAGCAGAUUCCUCGUAUCCUGGGUCCUGGUCUGAACAAGGCUGGCAAGUUCCCUUCCCUGCUCACCCACAAUGAGAACCUGAACACAAAGGUGGAUGAGGUCAAAUCCACCAUCAAGUUCCAGAUGAAGAAGGUGCUCUGUCUGGCUGUGGCUGUUGGACACGUGAAGAUGACUGAAGACGAACUUGUCUACAACAUCCACUUGGCUGUCAACUUCUUGGUGUCUCUGCUGAAGAAGAACUGGCAGAACGUGCGAGCUCUCUACAUUAAGAGCACCAUGGGAAAACCCCAGCGCCUCUAUUAAUCGUUUUUCUAUUAAUAAAAGUGGAGAAACUCCAAACGGU